CACCAGCUUGCAUUUGAAUUCGCUGAAACGUCCCUCUCUCGACUCUCUCUGUGUCUCUCUCGCUCUUUCUCUCUCUCACUGUCUCGUGAGGAUUGAUUGCCCAAGAGUUGAGGAGAGGCUCGAGAGCUGCUCUCUGCUCAGCAGAGGCCCAGUCCGUCCCGUCGUCUCGUUGCGUUGCGUUGCGUUCGGUGGGGCGAGGGUCGUAGUAUGUUUACUCCCAGCGGCUGGACCGUGCUCGUGCUCAGGAAGAUGAACAUCAAGUGGGGAGCAGGCUUCGAGGACCAGGUGCCCGUCGGCGAGAUGGAGGGAUUCUACACGAGGCUGCUGUGGGCAAUUCCUGAGGAUGAGGAGGACUCAGCCACCAAGGACAGGAACCUAAUUCAGCUGAACAGGAACUCCAGGAAGAGCAGCAGCUUCGGAAGCAGCAGCAGCAGGCACUUUGGGCGUGACUGCGACUGCCCUUGCAACGCCGACGGCCUGAUGAAGGGCGCGCAGGCCCGGCCCAAAUUCGCGUCUCCCAUCAGGCAGAUGCGCAGGAACGUCCGAAUCUCGAACUCGUGGCCAGCGCUGGACUCCGAGUUCGAGAGCAGCAUCAGCAGCAGCAGCAUGAAGAGCACGGACGACAAGUACCCGGCGCCCUUGAGCUUCAUCCCUCCCCGCAAGAGAGCCGACGAGGAGGAGCUGAGCUACCAGUGCGAUGAGGUCAGCCAGCUUUACUCGGCCGUGUCGCAGGGCAAGCUGUCGCUCGAUAACUUGCGCAUCCUCGGCCUCUCUCUCAGAAUCUGACUCGCACGGCCACUCCACUGCAGCAGCAGCAGCAGCAAACUCAGGAGCAGCAGCAGCAGCAGAAGAGCAGCAGAAGAAGAAGCCGCUGCAGGUGUUGCAGCUAAAUAUGGUGAACCU